GCCACGGUGCGACGGUGCCACUUGCGUAGCUCCAUGUAGCUCGCCCAACUGUCUCAUGUCGGCCCUGCCCUGAUGGCAUGUCGCUGCCGACGGCGUCGGCCGUCUGGCUAUCGCGGCGGUGUGGCGCAAGGCCAGCGGGACGGCUAUGGCGAACUCCGUUUGACGAACGGCACGGUUUACAUGGGGCAAUGGGAGCUGGGGGUGCGUUGUGGCCAUGGCGAGUGGCAUCACCCGACCAAAGGCCACUACGUGGGAGAGUGGAAAAACAAUCAGAUGCACGGCCACGGGUGCUUGAAAACGGCCAGUGGUGCCAGCUACGAGGGCCACUGGCGCGAAGGCCGUUUCCACGAGGAGGGCGAACUCCGAUGGACGGACGGCACCUUCUACGCUGGAAGCUGGCGCAAGGGUCAAGAGCAUGGCCUGGGACGCCUGAGUUUCCCAGACGGGAAGAUCUACGAGGGCCUUUGGGUGCGGGGUGAAGUGGAAGGACAUGGCACAUUGACCUAUGCAGAUGCCCGCAAGCGCUAUGUGGGGCAGUUCCGCAGCGCCAAGCCGCACGGCCACGGCAGAAUGGUCUACGCGGACGGCUUGUCCUAUGAGGGCCAGUGGCAAUACGGCCUCCCUGCCGGCAAGGGCAAGUGGAACACACCUGAAGGGCAGGCCCAGGAGCUCACACCGGUGAGUUCCGUGCGCCCCUCGCCGCGGGAGGACUUCAUCAUCGGCUUCGAAGAGGAGAUUGUUGAAAGCAGCGAGGAGGGUACACACCAAAGCGUCCUUUGGUGCUUCCCCUCCAGCAAGUUUGAGGCUUUGGACCAGCAGCUAAGCCUUGACGCCCAGGGCUCCCCACGCCCUGCCUCUGCCCCUCGCUCGAGCAAGCCGGGUCUGCCCAAGCAACGGCUUGGAGGCUUGCCACUCUCGAAUCCUCUCAGCGCCCGCUCCUCGUGGCUUUUGCUGAGCGCGUGGCACACAUGUCAGAGGUGGCCCCACUCUCAUUGGCCAGUAUCGCUUGGGCGUGCGUCUCAAUGGAGGUCAGGCAGGCUGCCCUGUUGGAUCGGAUGGCGGGGACGCUGUUCAAAGCUCCAGUGGAUGAAGGGGUUGCCAGCAUGGCUGUAUGGACCUUGUCACGGGCGGAGCCUGACUUGCGCCGCGCCUUCCGUUUGGUGCUCUCCGCGCGCUGGCGGAUCCCCCCGGUGAGUCUCUCGGCGCUGCUGGAGGAGUGUGAGCAACGAGGCCUGCAUCAAGAGGAACGCCGCGUGCUGCGGCUGAUGGAGCAUGGGGAUCUCGCUCCCGUGGUCAUGGAAGUGCGUUCACGGCUGCAUUCAACACAGCUGCCGAGACCCGGUACAGCGGGGAUAGGCAGUGGCGGUGAGGACAAGGAGCGGUGAGUGGCGAUGAGGGAGGGCAAGGAGAUGCGAGAAGAGUGCAACUUCUAAUCAAGUUUCAUAUGCUUUUGUCAUCCAGGUGGAAUCCAUGCACUUGAACCCUUGGAAGUGCUCAAUGCCACAAUGCUAUUAAUUAGUUAGUUACUUAGUGUGUGUGUGCCUUCAUCAGUGUGGAAUCUAAC